AUGGAUUUAAUGUUAGUGGAACGAGGGGCGAGGUACGGGGCGAUUCCGAAUAGCGUUGAUUGGAACGAGUUGAUCGUAAACGCGAUGUUGGAUUUUAGCGAAGAAGAAGAAGAGCGUACUAAAAACGCGUACCAGAGAGAAGAGAAUGUGAUUAAGUUGUGUGAAUUAAAACGAGCGAUUGAGUCUUCAUUGGGGUAUGAAGAGGCGUGCGCGACGCGAGAUCAAGUUUUGGGAGGGUAUCACGCAGGCUGGACCUUUUCCUCGAAAACGUGCGCGCCGCCGUGGAGCGUUUUUGACGUGAACUUAGUUUACAUGAACGUGGAUAUUUGGCACACCGCGUUUCAAACGUUGAAAGGACUUUACGUCUAUGACGAUCGUGAUGGUGAUAGCAACAACAAAACUGAAACAACGACGCGACUUCUUCAAACAGCCGUAAAUAUUUGUGGUGAGAAUGAUACGACAAGUCUUUUAAAGGCGAAUCGCUUGUGCGAGAACGAUGGAUUCGCGUGCGAGGAGCGAGGAUGCGGGGAGAGAAUGUACGAAAACGUUAAUGAGAGUGGCGAAAUGAACAUGAUAGAGCAGCCAAAGAUGUGCAAUUUAAUAGGGGACCUGGGCGUUUGCGAUUGGAUCGAACGCGCGAAACCGACGACGGAGGAGAUUAAAAUCAUUUCGGAAAUGCCAUCCGUCGAGGAGGAAAUUGAGAACGCUUUUGCGCCGUGCGAUUCGGAAACGAUUUUGGAUCAAGUGCGAAGAAGUUUGCGCGGUUUGAGAGUUUUCAUCUCGUGGGCGAAUAAAUGGGAAGCGUUUGAGGUUGUGACGCGUCCGUGGGAACCAAUAUUAGAUUUCGAUACGUUCGGGUUCCGGGAGGAUGAAGACGAUGAAGGCGUUACGACACGUUACGAUAAUAUCUCAACUUUAUCUAAAAGAAAGUUUGGCGCAACGCGACUCAUAUUCCAGAGGAAGAAAAGCGACUUGUAUCGCGGCAUAUCCGAAGAAGAUUCCAUUCGUUGGGUAAAAAACUCCUUCGAGCGCACCAUACGAGAGUGGAGCAAAGAAUACGACAUCGAAAGCGCGUUAAGAUUUGAGACAGACGAGACGCCGCCAUCCGAUCGCGUCGCGUGGCGACAUUGGCAAACUUACUCUUCUCUCGAGCUCGAGCAGCUCGCAAACGAUUGUCAAUGGAUUAUUGCGGCAUUCGGUGCGUGUUUCGCACUCGUAUUCUUUCAUACUGGAAGCGUUAUUGUCACUGUCGUCUCGUGCAUUGUGGUCGCCUCGUCGCUCGUGUUCGCGAUAUUUACUUACAUCCUCGGUUUAGACAAAGUUUGGGUAGGUGUUUUACACUUUCUCGGCGUGUUUUGUAUUUUAGGCAUCGGUGCAGACGAUGCUUUUGUACUGGUCGAUCACUGGAAGCUUUCAGCGAAACUCGUUCCGGUGCCUAAAAAAACACGCCGCGACGACGACGACGACGAAGACGAAGACAACGACAACGAAAUUGAGAAGUCGACACGGUGCAGAAUGCGCAAUACUGGUUACUCAAUAGACGCAGAAGCGUGGCUGAUCGAUCGAAUGUCGUGGACGAUUCAAAAGUCAUUCUUUUCCAUCUGUUGUACCUCCGCGACAACCACGACCGCUUUCGCCACGCUCAUAUUUUCAAACAUUGAACCUUUGCGAUUGUUUGGCAUUUUCGCCGCGCUGUCCGUGGCGUUUUGCUUCUUCGUGACCAUCGCGAUGGUUCCAGCGAGUUUGAUUCUGGACGCGCGUUUAUCCGAGCGAAAGCGACGGUUCUUUGCCAUUGUCAACGCACCCGGUGGACGAUCUUCAAAAGUGGUACCGAGACGCGUGAAAGUUGUCACCGCGAUGGAAGGCGGCGUCGGCGGCGCAGGCGAGAGCGGCGAAAGAGAAGCGAAGAAAGAAGUUGAAGAAAAACAAGAGAAAAGACUCGAGCGCAUUGAAAGUGACACGUUUCCAAACACGAGCAGAAGAUCGAAAAGCUAUGGCAACGAAGCCGAAUUGUUCGCCUCCUCGUUUGAGAGAAGAAUCUCAGAUGAUACUGAUUACGAUGAAAAAGAAAAAAAUAUGACCACCAAAAUGAACACGAAGCGCAACCUGAUGGACGGUUACUUCGAUGACGACGACGACGACGACGACGACGACGAUAACGUCGUAAAACAACUAAAAAGCAAAAGAUAUGGAACGAAUCAAAAACACAAACGAGCAAAGUCAUUCGGUUUUUUCGGCGACGGCGACGACGCCUCGAUGAGAACGGUAAACGGCGCCAACGCGGCGCGGGAUCGCCAACGCCUCGAUCGACUGAAACGCGUUCUUGAACCGAUUAACGACGCUUUCACGCGCGUAGAUACCGCGCGUCGCGCAGCACUAGGGUUUGCUGCCUCGCUCAGCGAAAGUAUUGGUAAAUUUGCGAUUUCAAAACGGUAUCCAGUGCUUAUACUUUCAUUCAUUCUCGCGGCGUACGAGGCGUACGUGGCGUCGACCUUGAAACCGCCAGACGGGUCGUCGCAUUCGAUUUGGCCCGAGUCGUUCAACCCGAACGUUUUCGCUCGACAAAACCGCGAAUACAUCCCGUACGCCAGACGUGAAGAAGCCAUUCAACUCCACUUUAUCUUUGGCAUCGAUCCGACAAAAACCAGACAAUCGUCCGGAUUCGACAAGACGUUGCGCUUUGAGGAUACCAAAGUUGCAUUCGCUGAAGACUUCAAUGAUGCCAACGUCGACGUUCAGAAGUGGAUGCUCGACUUUUGCGAAUUAUUAAACAACGAUCGGCGGAUAUUGAAACCGAGCUUAAAAUGUUUCACCCAAGAACUCGACGAUUGGUCGCAAAACUUCCGGUACCCGAACCGCGUCCCGUUUGCGAACGCGACGCAAUACGAGCGGUACGUGGAAGACUUCAUCAACGACGCCACGUUUAGAGCCGGGGAGAAAGGCGGGUUACACAUACCGCACGUCAUUUCCACCGAUGCUUGUGCGUUAAAGAAUAAAGAUGCCUACGGGUUUGAAGACGAAAACAUCGUCCUUAAUGCUUUGGAGAAGCUGAGAAUUGAGUUGCGCGAGAUAUGCGAGUUUCUCUCGGAUGAAGAAAAUUUGGCUUUGAUGAAUACCAAUGUUCGUUAUUACAACAACGGCACACGCGUUAUUAACGCGACGACGACGACCAGCAUACCAUCAUCGUGGAGUGAUGAGCAGCUCCGCGCGUUCGAGUUAGCUUCGCAGUUCAUGAUCGAGAACGAAGAGUAUGAUUUAAACGUGACCAACGACGGAGAACUUUCCGCCUCGCUCUUCCCGCCCGGAGGAGACUAUUACUACGGGACAUCAUCGACGACUCUACCAACCGCGAAAGAUGAAGAAAACGUGAAGCAUUUAGCGUUGGCGUGCUCGAAACUGAGCGAAGAAAAUACCUGUAAGCGCGGGAUCAUAAUUUCCGCGUCCAUAAACGUCUCCAGCACAGCCUCUCAGCACGAUAUAGUAAACGCGAGAGACGACUGGGAACGGUGGUUCCAACAGGCGCUUUCUACCGCGCCAGAUACCGUCCGCGGUUCCGCUUUCCAAACUUCCUCCGCGUGGUCUUACGCAGAUACCGUCGAGGAGCUCGCGAAAGGCGCAAAAACUGCGCUCGUUGCUUCCUUCUUCUUCGCGUUCAUCGUCGCCUUCUUCGCCAGCCGCUCGUUUGCCAUCGCUUUCGCCACGUGCUUCUCGGUCGCGUUCGCCUGCGCGGCGAGUCUUGGAUUGAGCGCCACCUUCCGCGAUUGGAAGUUUGGGGUCAUCGAAAGCGUGUGCGUCACGUUGUUAGUUGGUUUAUCCGUCGACUACCCGUUGCACGUGGCCAGCGCGUACGCCGCAGCAUCCUCGAGCUUAAAAAACGCCAACGACGACGCCAACGUUGUUGGAGAAAGAGAAAGAAAAGAACGAGAACAAGACAAAGAAUCGUUGUUCGAAAAUACCCCGACUUCGACGACUAUGACAGCAACAAAAACAAAAACAAAAACAACAAACGACCUUCUGCGUGCCUCCCGCGCGCUCCAAGCGAUCCGUUCCGUCGGCCCUUCCGUCAUCGCCGGCGCGUUCACCACCGCCUCCGCCGCCGGUUUCCUCUUCGCCGGCUGCGUCAUCGUCUUCUUCUCCACGUUCGGCGCGUUCGUCAUCGUCACCUUAUGUCUCAGCGUGUUCUCCUCAGCGUUCGUGUUAGUGGCUGCACUCGCCGUCGUGGGGCCUUUGUGA